AUGUUCCGAGCCUUUAGUCACACAAAUGGUAGGUGUGCGUUCCAUCAUGCUAAGUGUUGGCAUCAUCGUAAGUCUGUGCUGGCAAUCAGGAGAGAAGAUGUUAACGCAUGGGAAAGAAGAGCACCUCUAGCACCAAAGCAUGUUAAGGAAUUGACACAGAUGGGAUACAAGGUCUUGGUGCAGCCGUCAAACCGGAGAGCCAUCCAUGAAAAGGAUUACAUCAAAGCAGGUGGCAUUAUUCAGGAAGAUAUUUCCGAGGCUUCUCUGAUAGUAGGUGUGAAGAGACCUCCAGAGGACAAAUUAAUCCCUAAAAAGAACUAUGCCUUCUUCUCUCACACUAUUAAAGCCCAAGAGGCGAACAUGCCCCUUUUGGAUGAGAUUCUAAGACAGGAAAUUCGACUGUUUGACUAUGAAAAAAUGGUUGAUCAUAAAGGAAUGCGAGUUGUGGCCUUUGGAAAAUGGGCUGGUGUAGCAGGAAUGAUCAAUAUUUUACAUGGAUUGGGAUUACGAUUUUUAGCCCUGGGACAUCACACUCCAUUCAUGCACAUUGGGAUGGCACAUAACUACAGGAAUAGCAGUCAGGCUGUGCAGGCAGUACGGGAUGCCGGGUACGAAAUUUCACUGGGAUUGAUGCCAAAGUCAGUUGGGCCCUUAACAUUUGUGUUUACAGGCACUGGUAAUGUUUCUAAGGGUGCUCAAGAAAUGUUCAAUGCCCUCCCAUGUGAGUUUGUGGAACCACAUGAGUUAAAGGAAGUUUCCAGAUCUGGAGACCUCAGAAAAGUCUAUGGGACAGUGUUAAGUCGUCACCAUCAUCUUGUAAGGAAACGUGAUGGACUAUACGAUCCAGUAGACUAUGAUAAACAUCCAGAACUUUACACUUCUCGCUUUAACACUGAUAUUGCACCCUACACAACUUGUUUAAUUAAUGGCAUAUACUGGGAACAACAUACUCCUCGCUUGUUAAGUCGACAGGAUGCUCAGAAGCUGCUGGUGCCAGUUAGAUCUGCUGCUGGUGCAAUGGAGGGCUGUCCUGAGUUACCACACAAACUUCUGGCAAUAUGUGACAUUUCAGCAGACACUGGAGGAUCUAUAGAAUUUAUGACAGAGUGUACAACAAUUGACAGUCCAUUUUGUAUGUAUGAUGCUGACCAGCAUAUUAUUCAUGACAGUGUUGAAGGCUCUGGGAUUCUGAUGUGUUCCAUUGACAAUCUGCCAGCACAGCUUCCAAUAGAAGCAACAGAGUACUUUGGCGAUAUGCUUUUCCCAUAUAUUGAAGAGAUGCUGUUAUCAGAAGGCUCAGAACCUCUUGAAAGCCAGAAUUACUCAUCCGUUGUUCGAGAUGCAGUGAUUGCAUCCAAUGGCUCACUGACAGCUAAGUAUGAAUAUAUCCAGAAAUUGAGGGAGAGCAGGGAAUACGCUCAGUCGCUGAAGAUGGGUAAUAAGAAGAGGGUUUUAUUGCUCGGAUCUGGCUAUGUUUCUGGCCCUGUACUUGAAUAUCUCACUAGAGAUUCCAACGUUGACAUCACUGUUGCAUCUGUCAUGAAGGAACAACUUGAACAACUGACGAAAAAAUACAGCAACGUUACUUCAGUUCAUAUGGAUGUCAUUAAGCAUGAGGAAAAGCUGUCCUCUUUGGUGAAGAAACACGACCUUGUGAUCAGUUUGCUACCUUAUUCAGCACAUCCUUUGGUUGCCAAGAAAUGUAUUGACAACAAAGUGAACUUGGUAACAGCCAGCUACUUAACACCAGCUAUGAAAGAACUCCAGGACAGCGUAGAAGCUGCUGGUAUUACAGUUAUCAGUGAAAUGGGUUUGGAUCCUGGUCUUGACCAUAUGUUGGCGAUGGAAUGUAUUGACAAGGCGAAAGAAGUUGGUGCUACGGUUGUAUCCUACACUUCUUUCUGCGGUGGCCUACCAGCUCCAGAGCACUCUGACAAUCCUCUGAGGUACAAGUUCAGCUGGAGCCCACAAGGAGUGUUGCUGAAUACAGUUCAAUCUGCUACGUAUUUAAAAAAAGGAGAGAUUAUCAAUAUUCCAGCUGGAGGAGCAUUACUUGAUUCUGUUACUCCGAUGGAUUUUUUCCCAGGAUUAAAUCUCGAAGGUUUUCCUAACAGAGACAGUACAAAAUAUGCUGAGCCAUAUGGUAUUCAGACAGCUCACACUUUGUUGAGAGGCACCUUAAGAUACAAAGGAUACUCCAAAACUAUGGGAGGCUUUGUAAAACUAGGAUUAAUUAACCCAGAUCCUUAUCCUUUGCUAAGCUCAGCCACGCCACCUCUAACCUGGAAAGAGCUCAUGUGCAAACUGGUUGGAAUUAAGCCGCCUGCUGAGUACCAUCUUCUUAAAGAAGCUGUAUUUAGCAAACUGGAAAAGGACAAAAGUCAGCUGGAGGCAGUGGAAUGGCUAGGUUUAUUGGGAGAUGAACCAGUUCCAGCAGCAGAUUCCAUUGUGGGGGCUCUUGCAAAGCACAUGGAGCUGAAGCUGCCCUUUGGCACUGGAGAGAGAGAUAUGAUUGUUAUGAGAAAUGAAAUAGGUCUCAGGCAUCCUUCUGGUCAUUUGGAAGACAAAUUUAUUGAUCUGGUUGUCUAUGGUGAUAACAAAGGAUACUCUGCAAUGGCUAAAACAGUAGGAUACCCCACAGCUAUUGCUGCUAAGAUGGUUCUAGAUGGUGAAAUAGAUGCCAAAGGUAUGGUUAUACCAUUGACAAAGAACGUUUACGGACCAAUACUUGAACGUGUUCGGGCAGAAGGCAUUGUAUACAGUACUCACAGCGUUAUCAAACAGUAA